AUAACCUUUCGAUUGAGCCACUGCUGGAGUCGAACGCGCUACCGUUGCGCCAGCGGUCCUAUUGGAUGAUGACUAUGGAGGUGUCAAAGUAUAACAUCUAUCGUGCGCUUAGCCAUCUCAGCGAUAGCCCGCCUGAUUGGCUGCACAGGAAUAACUGCCCCCAUACCACCUUGCUUUAAGCAUUGCGGAAUGGGCCGACGCAUGUUCUCACUUCAGCGCUCACACACAACUCCGGGCCCUCCCACACACAGUCCAGUCUGAGAAGGAGAGUCAUGAUGCUGCAGGAACCGCACCACCGCCAACAUGACUUCCAGAGCGGAGCAAGGUGGGCUCGUGACGACCCUCCCUCGCCUCGUGAGAACCAAGAAAUCAAGGACACCACAUGCAGAACGUGUGUCUCGCCAUGCGAGACAAGCGCGCUUGCCAUCCCCAGACGCCCAUAGGGGCCCUCUUGCCCAUCCUGUGAGUAGCAAGUACCGUAGAUCAGCGUUCUCUGGUGGCCCAAAGCCGGAGAGCCGCGAGUCGACGACGGCAACCCUAAUGCGCCAGACCUUGCGGACCCUGACCGCGCAACAUAGUGUCAGAGAGAAAGAGACCUCUACGCCGAAGCCGGGUCACGGCGUUAAGUGCGUGGAGAUACUUUCUGCGGCAGGCAGGGGAGGUUGUUGCAACAGGACUGGGUCUUAAUGGUCCUCUGAUAACACCCAUCCAAACGCUUCCGAGGGUCGACGCCGCUUGCUGCCCCUCGUUUUCUCUUCUCUUUUCGCAUGCAUCCGGUACAUAUGGUGACAUCGGUCUGUUGCCCUGUACUGUGAACGAGAGAGAGAGAGAGAGAGAGAGCACAGACUUUUGAAACAAAAAUUCCCUUCUUCACCUUCUGUAUCC